GUAAUGUGUGUUUUACUGAUUUUUUGCUUAUAAAUACCGGAAAUUUGUAAGUUGAUUAAAUAAAUUCAGAUACGGUCAUUUAUUUUACCUUCAUUUAGCGAAUAACAUAAAACGUAAAGCAAGCAUGUCGAAUAAACUUUCGUAUCCAGAUUGUUCUCCAAAUUUAGAUGAUGAUGGAAAAAUGAAAGCUUUUGACGACCGUAUUAACGGCAUUUUGACUUCAACAUUUACAGGCCUGGGAAUUGUUAUUGGAUCCAAACUGAAGUUGUUAGAAAUAUUAAGUACUGGUAAAUUCACAUGUGAGGAAUUGGGACAAAAGGCCAAAGUUAAAGAACAUUAUUUGAAAGAAUGGCUAAGUUUAAUGGUUUCUGGAGGCAUAAUCGACUCAAUAAAUAAUGAGGUACCAGAAAAGUACACUCUACCUGAAUACCGAAAAAAAACUUUGGUAAAUGGAUUUGGUACACAAUUCAUGUUAAUGACACCUGAGUACAGCAAGUUGGUGCCAAAAUUAAUUGCAUGCAUGAAAAUUAAUGGACCGGACGGUUACGAAUUUGAUCCUCAUACAGCAAGAAUGAGAGCAAAUGCAGAAAGCGAAGGUGAAGGUGAAGGUGAAGGACAUGGACAUGGUCAUAAAAGUAAGCAUGGUCAUGGCCAUAAGCACGUUCAUCCGAAAAUUCCAGACUGGAGCAAAGUUAAAAAAACUUACGAAAGUGUUCCUAAUUUAGUUCAGCGUCUAGAAAAAGGCAUAAAUGCUCUGGAUCUUGGAUGUGGAAAUGGUCAUUUGUUCAUAACCUUGGCGAAACAAUUUCCCAAUUCUACUUUCCAAGGAGCUGAUCCAUUUGCAGAAGCCAUUGAAGAUGCCAAUAAAGAGGUCAAAGAACUAGGAUUAAAGAAUGUAAGCUUUUCAGUUGCGGACGUUUUGGCUUUGCCUGAAGAAUGGACAGGAAAAUUUGAUUAUGUUCAUGCUUCUAGGAUGUUGCAUCAUGUGAAAAAGCCCAUGACAGCUUUGCAGCAGUUUGUGAAGGUUUUGAAACCGGACGGAACUUUUUCGCUAUUUGAAGGUGGCGUUGAUGGAUUCGACAGAGAUUUCGUUGGUGACGUGUCAACAAUAUUUUCUAAAUUUAACGAUUUAUUUUGUUUUGGUCCAACUGCCGAAUUUAACAAAGAACAUACCGUUGGAUUGGGUUUAAAUAAGAAAGACGCUAUCAAAAUACUUGAAGGAGUUGGAUUUAAGGUCUUAGUACCAGAAUAUCAACCAAGUAAUGAAGAUACUCACUGCGAAGAAUCCGGUAAUCCAAUAUUCCGAAGAUUUAUUCAUUAUGUGUGCACCCUUAAUUAAAAAGCGACUACUAAUGACAAAUUCUAACCUAACAAGCGAUUCUUCAUACAGUAAAAAAAUUCAUACUAAACACUUGAUUUAUUAAACAAAUUUUGAAAUUUUUCCUUUCAUAA